UACUUCAACAGAAGAUUAUUGACAGUAUUGGAUUCACUAAAGGAUCCCUACCUAUCAGAUAUUUAGGAUUGCCUUUAUCCUCAAAGAAAUGGAGCAAAUUGGAUUGCCAUCAACUAGUGGACAAGAUAACAAGCAGAAUAAGCAAUGGAUAUGCGAAGCAACUAUAAUAUGCUGGUAGACUAUAGGUUAUCAAUGCUGUUUUAUUUUCCAUUUACAGCUUUUGGGGGGCUGUCUUCAUUCUUCCACAAUGUGUAAUCAAAGAGAUUGAUAGAAAAUGUAGAGAUUAUCUAUGAAGGUCAUAGGAAAGUCUCCUUGGUAGCUUGGACAAGAGUUUGUAUACCUAAGAAGUUUGGUCGUUUGAACAUUAAAGGAUGUGAAAACUGGAAUGUAGCAUCCAUUGGGAAACUUUUAUGGCAACUGGCAACAAAGGACAUGUUAUGGGUAAAAUGGGUGCAUGAGAAAUAUAUGAAAACAUGUAGGAAUAUUUGGGAUCAUUGCUCACCUCAGGAUAGUAGCUGGUACUGGAAAAAAUUGAAUGGCUUGAAGGAGAAAAUGGUAAAUUGGUACAGAAGAGGCAUAUAUAGAUUAACGAAUAAUGGUAUCUACUCGGUGUCUAGCAGCUAUAUUGAUAUAUUGGGUCCUUUGACUAGACUAACGGAAGCAGAUCUAAUCUGGAAUUCUAUUAUGCUACCUAGUCAAAGGGUGAUCAUGUGGGUACCAUACCAGAAUAAGCUUCUUACAAAGGAGAGGAUGAUGAGGCUACAGUUUCCAGAUGUAGGAGAUACUAAUUGCUGCUUGUGUGCACUGGCUACGAUAGAGAACCAACAUCAUCUUUUUGUAGAUUGCACUUGGAUCGUUGAGUAGAUGGGCUGGCAUUCCAAUCCCAGCAAAAAAUGUAGAGGAUUGUAUGCGAUGGAUCAAGAAUAGACAAUGGAGACAAUUUCGCAAGGAACUAGCAGCUGCAUCAUAUGGAGCCUUGAUUUAUUAUGCCUGGCAAGCAAGGAACUGGAGAGUGUACAGGGGUUUGAAUGUAGACACAAGGUAUAUAACGUCACAGAUUCAAAAGGAAAUCAGAGAAAGGGUGAGCAUGGUCACAGGAUCACAAAAAGCAAGAAGGUUCUUCUAGGAGAGGGUCAUUAUGCUGAGAGGACAGCGAAGCAAACAGUUGGGAUACUGAACAGAAGAGGGAAGGCAUUGGAGGUCCAAGUGGAGUCUGUAAAGGCUUUAAUGCAAGACCUUAAGGCUGAGGCCUCAUUUUUUGAUGCUACAGCUUCUGAGGCAGCGGAGGGUCUUGUGGAGAUAAGAGAAGACUAUGUUGAGGAAACUUCUCCUAAAGAGGCAUCUAUGAUAGGUAUUGUGGAACCCGAGCUUCCUAUUUCUUCUCAAGCUGAAGAUGUAUCUCAUGUCAAAGAUGAGGAAUAUGAUCGCAUAUUUUCCCGACUCGCUGAACUCGAAAAGGAAGAAGAAGAAGCUGAACAUGCCAAUCAAGAAGAGAUAGGUAGUGAUGACUCGGAUGUCAGCCCAGGUCAUGUUAUCUUAGAAGAAGAAAUGAAAAGUUUAGAGCUCGAGGAAAGAGGUAAAUCUUCAAGAAUUCAGUCCACUGAAAAGUUUCCUGAUCACUGGCAUGUUGAAGGUUCAAAAGCAACAUCUAAAGAUUGCAUUGUACCAGAAAACUGCUUACCUGAGAAUCUAGCUUAUGGAAAGUUCAAUUUGACUGAGAAUGCUCCCAUGGAACCUCAAGCGGAAGAGGAUGUUAAGGCUCCUGUUAUAGCGGAGACCAAAGCUGAGGCUCAUCCCUCUGAACCACAAUUCGACAGCAGUAAGGCUUUUACUGGUAGUAUCGUAGAACACAAUAGUGAUGUUAAUUCGAAGGUGCAAUCUGUCAGUCGCAGCUCGAAGCCAGUAUCAAGGUUCAAGAUGCAGAGAAAGUAGCUGCAAUUAGUAGAUUGUUAGCUCAGCUUCAAGAUGUAGAGAAAGUAGAAUUGCAAAGGGAACUGCUUAUAUUCCAAAACAAUCUAUACUCUGUUGAGAGUGCUAAUUGUUUGUUCACAAAUACAAUUUACACUCAUCACAUUGAUCUAGUGCUGGCUAUUUGGCUAGAAUGAAUGAAGAUACAAAACUAUUAAGCUUUCCUGUACACAUUUUUGAAAAAAAAAAA